CAAAACAGACCCUGAGAAACCAACAACUGACAACUGAGUCUCGGCAAAAGGAAAAAGGUGGGAGCGCAAGGAACGACUGAGAGAAAAAGGCAUAUGCAAAGGGCAAAUUAGCCCAACUUAGGGCUCCGUCGGAAAGUGACCCUCAAAAGUUAUUUUAGGUUUUAUUAGUGGUGAAGAUUCUACGAGUACUAACAGAGCAAGUGAAGUGUGAGAUUUGAGUUAUGAGUUCUGUGGGACUAUGGUGUGUUAGAGAAUUUAGCCGAUAAUAUGGCAGCGGAGUACAAUACUGGGUUUCGCCGUGAAGAAGCUUUGGGCUCUGCUUUCAGUCGGCAUGCGAUAUCUUUUCAAUCCAAUGCAAUAAAUAGUUCUUCAGAGAUUUUUCCGAUGGGGAGUUACUUUGGGAUGAAUACUAGUGCUAAUACUGUAAUUUUGCCGGGAAAUUCUGGCAUGUUUAACAACAGACCUCCUGGAAUUCUUCAUGUUCAAGCUGUCAAUUCUUCUGCUUCUUCUCUUCUUCUUGGUAUUGCCCCUGACAUCAAGCAUGAUACUGGCCUGGCUGUUGAGUGGUCUGUUGACGAACAAUACAAAUUGGAGGAAGGCCUUAGCAAUUUUGCUGAUGAGCCAAGUAUUUUGAAAUACAUAAAGAUUGCUGCCACAUUACCUGACAAAACUGUGCGUGACGUUGCAUUAAGGAGUAGGUGGAUGACGCGAAAGCGAAGGAAAGCAGAAGAAUGUGUGUUGGGAAAGAUGUGCAAUAAUAGGAAGGAUAAACUGGUGGAAUCAUUGCCAAAGAUGAAUAUGCCUUCAGCUGUGCCACAGAGCAUAACUAUGUACCCUCAAAUGAUGCACCACCUAGACCAAGGUGAACCCUUGUCUUUUGAAGAAAUAAGUGGUACAUCCAGGCAUCUCUUGGAGCAAAAUACCCAAGCUUUUAGUAAAAUCACAGCUAACCUUUCAAUGCUCAAGUUGCAGGAUAACAUUGAUCUCUUUUGUCACGCAAGGAACAAUAUUACUGCCAUCCUGAAUGACAUGAGAGAGAUGCCUGGCAUAAUGAGCCAGAUGCCGCCACUGCCUGAAUCUAUUAAUGAGGAUCUUGCAAAUUGUAUAUUACCAACGACUGCUCAGUCAAUGAUGUUUGGCUCGCCUAGUGGGAUCCAAUUGAAGCAAGAGCCAAGGUGCUGAUGGAUAAUUGUUGAGGUGGAUUCAACUUAUCUGGUCCACUUGCAGUCCUCGCAAUUCAUUGAUCCUCUCUCCAAUUAAUGGGAUAUAUCCAUUCAUGGGGCAAAUUUUGAGAUGACGUUGAGUAUGUCCUGGGUCUUCCUAUUAGUUUGAGGACGAGGAGGGUGCAGCAUUUUCUGAAGGCCUUCCCACGCCAGAGUUGAGAUGACGAUCCAGGCCCCCAGUUCAUCUUCUGAAAACAUUAUUUUUGGAAGCUAGCUCUUCCCAUCAAAAUCCGUAUCUUGUGUUGUUUUGCUUGGAGCACAUUCCAUGCAAGGAUUUGUCAAUCGGCGUAUUCAUCAUUGUAACUUUUGUGGUGCUCGUGAAACAUUAGAUCAUCUAUUCUUUCUCUGUCCUCAUGCGGUGUCUAUCUGGAUUCAGUCUCCUCUUAGGUCUGAGAUCAACCAUGCUUAUGGAUAAAGGACCCUUUCGAAGUGUCCUGAUGAUGGUACUGCCCUGUCACAGCUUUUUGAUGUAGCUGUUAACAUAACUGGAAGAGGUACAACUGCCGUUGUCAUCCUAGACCACCAGGGAUUUGUUUUUGAUUGGCAUUGUCAUUUGUGGGUCUUCAUCACAAACCCUUUACUUUUUGAAGGUCUAGCCUAUCGAGCUGGCAAAGCGUCAUGGUUCGAUCAUAUUAUUGCUGAAGAAGAGUCAGCCUUGGUUAUUCAAGUGCGUAAUGGGAAUCCAGCUCCAUUGGUCAUUGAAGGUUUAAUACAAGUGCCCAGUUUUCUUUAGAAGAGGUAGCAGUAAGGACUGCUCAUUCUUUAGGGCGGAAAUUCAUUUUAAUGUAUCUUUUAAAUAUAAUUUCUUUGCUCAUAUGAACUUCAUGUAUCAGGCCUUGCCCUGUUGACAGCAUUAUAAAGAACUCGUAUCUUUGAGGAAAAAAAAAAAGGAAACAAAGAGAGAGUAGCUUAUUCCAUAUGCCGGAUUCAGUUGUAUCCUGAGGUGGAAUAAUUAAUUAGGGGCAUUUUAUUUUUU